GACAAAGCAGUGUGGACCGCGACUAGUGGAGUCAAUAUGAAGAAUUUUUCAGCGGCGGCAGCCCCUGCUGCAGGAAGCAUCGAUGACAUUAUUGACGCCCUCCAGUCACUCGCCACAUACGCGUCAGAGUUCUUCUCAUCGGUGCUACGGGACCUAAUCGACACCCUGGUCACGUUUGCCAAGUUUCGUUUGAGGCAGAUGAAGUGGGACCAAGCUGAUCUCGUUCUGCUGGUGUACUGGAUAAAUUCCAUUCUGGAGAGUUUUCGUAUCGAGUUGGAGGCGGAAACCAGUGAUGGAUCGCGUAUAAAACUUCGCUGCUCCGAAGAAGAUGCUGAUUUUCGUCAGAUACUCAUCCACAUUCAGCAACGCCAGAUUCGCGAAUUGCAAGCUGCGCUCAGCACUCCGCACAGCAAGCGACUCCCAAAUGGGAAACGACUUUGUCUCCGCUUCCUGUCAAAUGCUGGUUGCAGAUCAAAUAACGGGAAGUCGUGUCUGUCCGCCAAGCGAGCUCAUUUUGUUCCAGGCUCGCUCAACCCUCUGGUCAAAGACUUAAUCACGGAACGGUUUGGUGGGCUUAAGCCCGAGCAUGCCUCGUUAUGA